AACCUUUACCAGCUUCAUCACUUCCGCCUCGAUAAAUCUUCUCGGCGCUCUACACCCGGGGCUUGAAAAUGCCGUUCAAGAGGUACGUUGAAAUCGGAAGAAUCGCCCUUGUCAACUACGGAAAGGAUUAUGGGAAACUCGUUGUUAUCGUUGAUGUCAUCGAUCAAAAUCGGGCUCUUGUUGAUUCCCCUGACAUGGUGAGAGGCCAAAUGAAUUUCAAAAGGCUAACACUAACAGACAUCAAGAUUGACAUCAAAAGAGUCCCAAACAAGAAAACUCUGAUUGCUGCAUUGGAGGCUGCUGAUGUCAAGAACAAGUGGGAGAACAGUUCUUGGGGAAGAAAGCUUAUCGUGCAGAAGAAGAGAGCCUCACUUAAUGAUUUUGAUAGGUUCAAGAUCAUGUUGGCAAAGAUAAAGAAAGCUGGAGUUGUAAGGCAAGAGCUAGCAAAACUUAAGAAGGAAACUACAGCUUAAUAUCUUCAUUUUGUUCUACUUUAUUAAAGACUUUUUAUUGAGGAGACCAUUGUUGGUUGCUUAGAAGCUUGUGUUUUUAUUUAUUGUCUCUUGUAUUAAAGGAAACCUAAUUUGGCAGUUUUGAACUUCUGUUUUGGUUGCAAUUGUUGUGAAACUGCUUUUUGCUUGGUAAUUCAUUCAUUGA